UCUCUCUCCCGGGGCGGAGCGGAGUGUGAGUAUCUUAGCUUAGCGUCGAGGACAGCGAGACUAGCGGCAGUGCAGACAUGGGGAACCGGGGGAUGGAGGAUCUGAUUCCCCUUAUUAACAAACUCCAGGACGCCUUCAGCUCCAUCGGGCAGAGCUGCAACCUCGACCUGCCGCAGAUAGCUGUGGUCGGCGGCCAGAGCGCUGGGAAGAGCUCGGUGUUGGAGAACUUUGUCGGAAGAGAUUUUCUUCCUCGAGGGUCUGGUAUCGUCACUCGUCGUCCGCUCAUCCUCCAGCUGGUCAACAACCAAGCAGAGUAUGCAGAGUUCCUCCACUGUAAGAGCAGGAAGUUUGUGGACUUCGAGGAGGUUCGUCAGGAGAUCGAGGCAGAGACCGACCGCCUGACCGGAUCCAACAAGGGCAUCUCUGCUGUCCCCAUCAACCUCCGCGUGUUCUCCCCUAACGUUCUGAACCUGACCCUGAUCGACCUGCCGGGAAUGACCAAGGUUGCCGUGGGCGACCAGCCGGUGGACAUUGAGCAACAGAUCAGGGAGAUGCUGAUGCAGUUCAUCACCAAGGAAAGCUGCCUCAUCCUGGCCGUAACCCCCGCCAACACAGACCUGGCCAACUCUGACGCCCUCAAGAUCGCCAAGGAGGUCGACCCGCAAGGGUUAAGGACCAUAGGCGUCAUCACCAAGCUGGACCUGAUGGACGAGGGAACGGACGCACGAGACAUCCUGGAGAACAAGCUGCUGCCGCUACGCAGAGGCUACAUCGGGGUGGUGAACCGCAGUCAGAAGGACAUCGACGGCAGGAAGGACAUCAAGGCGGCUCUGGCAGCAGAGAGGAAAUUCUUCCUGUCGCACCCUGGAUACAGACACCUGGCUGAGCGCAUGGGCACCCCUCACCUGCAGAAGACCCUCAACCAGCAACUGACCAAUCAUAUCCGGGACACGUUGCCGGGGUUACGCAGCAAGCUGCAGAGCCAGAUGCUGUCCCUGGAGAAGGAGGUGGAGGAGUACAAGAACUUCCGCCCCGACGACCCCACACGCAAGACCAAGGCCCUGCUGCAGAUGGUGCAGCAGUUCGGGGUUGACUUUGAGAAGUGCAUCGAGGGGUCAGGUGACCAGGUUGACACUGCCAACCUAUCAGGAGGAGCCAAGAUCAACCGCAUCUUCCACGAGCGCUUCCCAUUCGAGCUUGUCAAGAUGGAGUUUGAUGAGAAGGAGUUGAGGAAGGAGAUUAGCUAUGCCAUCAAGAACAUCCACGGAGUCAGGACAGGCCUGUUCACCCCUGACCUGGCCUUCGAGGCCAUAGUGAAGAAGCAGAUCGUCAAGCUCAAGGAGCCGUGUCUGAAGUGCAUCGACAUGGUUAUUCAGGAACUGGUCAACGUGGUCCGACAGUGCACCAAUAAGGUACUGCAUGCAGCAUGGUUGGUCUGGCAGGGAGCCAAUGAGGUGCUGCAUGCAGCAUGGUUGGUCUGGCAGGGAGCCAAUGAGGGUGCUGCAUGCAGCAUGGUUGGUCUGGCAGGGAGCCAGUGAGGAGCAUCAUGGAUCCUGAUUGGUCAGGCAGUGGACCAAGCAGGUACUGUGGGAAGCUUGUUGGUAUCGAGCAGUGAACUAAAAGCUUUGUGGGUCCUGAUUGGUCAGGCAGUCAACCAGUAAGGUGCACCAUUUAUCCUGAUUGGUCAGGGCAGUGAACCAAUGAGGUGUUUAAUAAUGGUGACCGCACAUGCAGCCCAUUUCUCUGGUGUGGCUGAAGCCAUUUGUUGUUGGUGUCGUGUUAGUCUCGUCAUCUUCCAUUGGCUAGGCUUAGCCUGGGGAUCAAUGGUCAUGUGACUUGGCCAGGAAGUGGUGGAAAGUUUCCACCAAUCACAGGCAGAAAGAGUUAUUCAUUUCCUGUUCCUGUUUUGGAAGGACAGUUCCUGCAGCUUUUCUUGGUGUACACGUCUGACAAUCUAAAACUAACUAAA